AGAGUGGCGCUGAAGUUUGUUGACACAACAUUCUGACACCCGGGGAAAGCAUUUUUGGUUGCAGGAAAAGCUGCUGAAAAAAAGGCAAAAAAGGGUGCAAAAACCCCAAGAAGGGUUCUAGUUUUUCAUUUGCGUGACUGUCGAGAGGUACGGCUUCAAAAUUGAGCAGCAUACGCCUGUAAAAAUGCGCCUGGUGGAUCAGGUGGUCAGGUCUUUCCGGGUAGCGAAGGUUUUCCGGGAAAACACCGACAAAAUCAAUGCAAUCGACUUUUCGCCCAACGGGGAGCACUUGAUAUCCUGCGGAGAAGACGAUCAGAUUGUAAUAUAUGACUGUGAGAAGGGACAGCAGACCCGGACAGUGAAUUCCAAGAAGUACGGAGUGGAUCUCAUCCAUUUCACGCACGGGAACAAUACAGCAAUCCACAGCUCCACAAAGGUCGAUGACACGAUUAGGUACUUGAGUCUACACGACAAUAAGUACCUAAGGUACUUUCCUGGGCACACGAAGAAGGUGAUAUCGCUGUGCAUCUCCCCCGUGGAGGAUACCUUUCUGUCUGGGGCUCUGGACAAGACACUGAGGCUCUGGGAUCUGCGAUCGCCCAAUUGUCAAGGUGUUAUGCACCUGUCCGGACGUCCUGUGGCUGCUUACGAUCCUGAGGGCUUGAUCUUUGCUGCUGGAGUGAAUUCAGAGAGUAUUAAGCUGUACGAUCUCAGAUACUUCGAUCGGGGUCCAUUUAUCACGUUCAAGCUGAACCAGGAGAAGGAAUGCGACUGGACAGGGCUGAAAUUCAGUCGAGACGGCAAGACAAUCCUCAUUAGCACAAAUGGCUCCACCAUUCGCCUCGUUGAUUCCUUCCACGGAACUCCCCUGCAGACCUUCACGGGCUAUCUCAACAACAAGGGCAUCCCCAUCGAAGCCUCCUUCAGCCCAGACUCCCAGUUCAUCUUCAGCGGCAGCACGGAUGGCCGGGUGCACGUCUGGAACUCUGACAGUGGACACAAGGUCUGUGUGCUCAAUGGAGACCACCCUGGGCCAGUUCAGUGCGUCCAGUUCAAUCCAAAGUUCAUGAUGAUGGCUUCGGCCUGCACCAACAUGGCCUUCUGGAUCCCAGAGGAGCAGCAAGCCCAGAACUAAGCACCACUGCAGAGCAGGAUCGUGACUCUCUCUCCCGCCAAAAUUCUUUGCUCCUGGUGGAUUGUUCCCGGAGUUGUUCAACUGCCGAGGAGUGAUGUACACAGAGGAUUCUGAUUAACCAAUAUUAAAGUCUCCUUCCGUCUUUUAUA